AUGGCGCUGGCGCUCGCGACACUCGCUCUCGGCGCCGGCCGCAGCCUCUCCGUCGUGUCGUGGAACAUCCUCGCACCGACCUUCGCGCCGCCGAGCCGCUACCCUUGGGUGGCGCCCGCCACGCUCGCCUGGCCGAAGCGCGAGGCCGCGAUCGUCGCCACGCUCGGGAGGCUCGAUGCCGAUGUCGUGUGCCUGCAGGAGGUCGAGGUGGCGCUGUGGGACGGCCUCCUGCGUCGAUUCACCAGCCUGGGGUACAGCGGCGUACUGCAGGAGACGCAGCGGCAGCACCCGAUUGCCAACGCCGUCCUCUUUCGGCGGGCGGCACUGCGGUGUACGCAGACCGAGUCGCGCUCGCGCGCGCUGAUCGCCGUCCUCGAGUCGCUCGACGCGGCCGACUCUGCGGCGCCGCUGCACGUCGCCUCGGUCCACCUCGAGGCGGGGGCGGAGAAGGCGUCGCAACGCUUCUUCCAGCUGCGCUCGCUGCUGCGUCGGCUGACUCUGCUGCAGCAGCGCGACGAGAAGGCGCACGCGACGCGCCGCGCUCCUCCACCGCCAGCCCUCCGACUCGCCACCCUCCCCCGCUCGGCAGGAGCGGAGCGGACCACCGGCGGCUCCUCAGCCUACGGCGAGUCUGUGCCGCUGGCGGGCUCGCCGCAGCCCAAGGCGAUGCCGUCCGAGACGCACCCGUCCGACCACCUGCCCGUCGGAGCGUGGCCCGCCACGGCAGCCGCGGGCUUGCCGAGACGGGACGGCCUCACGCGCCGCCGGAUGGGCGAGUAG